UUUGCAAAUCUUCAGUACCGACAAUAUAAAAGGCGUAAGCAGACUAGCAGAGUAAUAACAAUAAUAGUAUUGUGUUUUGACAAUUGUUAAGAUUCUACAUCGUAUAUUUACGGCUUUAAAUUUUGAAUCGUUCCACGAGAAUCAUUUUAAUUACAACACUUAAAAUGGCUGAGAAUCGCCUGGAUGUGAUAAUUUUCGGCGCUACAGGAUUUACUGGGAAUUAUACUGUCAAGGAAGCUGCAAGAUUGUCCAAAGCUAAACCUUUUUCUUGGGGAAUUGCUGGCCGAAAUAAAGAACGAUUGGAUGGUGUGCUGAAAAAAUUUGCUCCAGAAGAAGAAAACAUUUCUGUAAUAAUUGCUGAUGUAAAAGAUGAAGAGUCAUUAAAGAAAAUGGCUGAAAAGUGUAAAGUAGUCGUGAAUUGUUGCGGUCCGUACAGGUUUUAUGGAGAGCCGGUUAUAAAAGCUUGCAUUGCUGCUGGUACUCAUCAUGUUGAUGUUAGUGGUGAGCCUCAAUUCAUGGAAAAAAUGCAAGUUGAGCACAGCAAAGCAGCACAGGAAGCAGGAGUUUACAUAAUAAGCGCGUGUGGAUUUGAUAGCAUUCCAUGCGACCUUGGAAUUAUUUUUGUCCAGCAAAAAUUUGGCGGAGAAGUAAACAGCGUUGAAACUUAUUUAGACAUGAAGGUGGAUGGAAAUUUUAAAGGAGCUAGUCUUCAUUACGGGACCUGGGAGUCAGCUGUUUAUGGACUAGCACAUGCUGAUGAGUUACGUGAAUUGCGUAGUAAGCUUUAUCCUAAUAAACUACCUUCAUUUGAACCUAAAUUACGUCCAAGGGGAAUUGUACACAGUUCUGAAAUAUCUCAAGGAUGGUCUUUACCUUUUCCUGGUUCUGAUCGUUCAGUUGCUUAUAGAUCUCAACGAUAUCUUUAUGAAAAAAAUAAAAUAAGACCAGCACAAGUGCAAACUUAUAUGAUACUCAGUUCUAUUUGGGCUGUAAUAUCAGUCGCAUGUAUUGGAGCAGUUUUUUCAUUGAUGACUAAAUGUAAAUGCGGACGCAGUUUACUUCUCAAGUAUCCAAAAUUUUUCUCCGGAGGUUUAGCUAGUCAUGAAGGACCAUCACCUGAAGCCAUGGAAAAAACCUAUUUCUCAAUUACAUUAAAAGCAAAUGGUUGGAAGGAUAAACUUGCUGAACCAACGGACAAGCACACUGAGCCUCCAAAUAAAGAAGUAAUUGCAAAGGUCUCCGGUACUAAUCCUGGGUAUGGAGCUACUUGCACCAUGCUGAUGAUCUCAGCGCUCACCGUUCUUCGUGAAGCUGAUAAACUUCCUGAUAAUGGCGGAGUUCUUCCUCCCGGUGCUGCAUUCGCCAAUACGUCAAUGAUUGAGCAGCUGAAUAACAAUAGAGUUAAAUUUGAAAUAAUUAAACCCGAAUAAAGUUAAAAAGCGAAAAUUUUUCUAUCUUAAUAUAAAGAUAAUAAUUUUAACUUUAACAAAUUUAAAGUACUCACUUCGAAUUUUAAUAAAAUAUAUGAUAUAUAUUCUACUUAAUAUAUUAAUCACAUAUUUAUAAAAGAUAAUUCUUUUUCUACUAAAAAUUUACUUAAACUCUUUGCUACUUUUUUUUAUUUAAAUUUAUAAAAAGUUUUGAAUAUUUAUAUAGUUAUUUAUACUAAUUUUUUAUAUUAUCAUAAAAUACUAAAAUAUUGUUAUGAUAAUACUUGUAUUUUA